GCGGAGCAGCGGCAGAGGAGGAGGCCGACCCUCGGAUCCAGGAGGAACUGCAGCAGCGGCAGCGGCAACAGGGCUGGGCUCCACUCCUUCAAACACACCAGCAGCGGACAUACUGGAUGAUGGCCUAGCUGUGUGGUGCUGUCAGCAGUAUCAGCAGCCAGCUACCCAGACCAGAGGUGUACGUCAGUCACUGUAGACAUGAGUGUGACCUCCUGGUUCCUGGUGAGCAGCGGGGGCACUCGCCACCGCCUCCCCCGGGAGAUGAUCUUUGUGGGACGAGACGAUUGCGAGCUCAUGCUACAGUCGCGCAGUGUGGACAAGCAGCAUGCGGUUAUCAACUACGAGGUGGGGACUGAUGAACACAAGGUCAAGGACCUAGGCAGCCUGAACGGGACGUUCGUAAAUGACGUUCGCAUUCAGGAGCAGAUGUACAUCACCCUGAAGUUGGAGGACAAACUCAGAUUUGGAUAUGAUACCAACCUGUUCACGGUGGUGCGAGGAGAGCUCACUGUCCCGGAGGAGGCGCUCAAGCAUGAGAAGUUCACCAGUGGCCUCCAGUUCAGUAAAAAGCCAUCCAGCAGUGAGACUGUGGCCUCAGCAUCUGCUAGCAAGUCCCCCAGUAAAACCCCAACAAAGACUACAAAGCCAGCCACCCCACGAGCAGCCGAGACCAAAGUCACUGAUGGAUUCCCAAAAGAAGCCACCAGUAAAGGUGUGGAUGCUCUGAAAGUUGAGGAGAGAACUGGAGGGGAUGCUACAGCUCUUCCACGUGGAACCCCCCUGUACGGCCAGCCAUCUUGGUGGGGGGAUGGUGAUGCCGACGAUGAGAACUCCUUCAAACAGGAAACCAAGUCGUCUAGUAAAAAGCAUGACAUGACUGAAGGCAAAGAUGUGCGUCGGGGGGAGAAAGCCAAAGCUGAGGGUCUUCCAGCCUCAACAGGUCACGACCAUGGUUUCUCUGAGAUCCCCACAAAGGAGCAUCGGCUGGCUAACAACGGGAUCCAUGAGAUCCCCACCAAGGACACAGAAGGCAGUGUCACACAGAGCGCCAAUGCUCAAGGCCAUGCCUCCUUCACCAUCGAGUUUGACAACACCUCACCUGGAAAAGUCACCAUCAAAGACCACGUAUCCAAGUUUGCUGCUGACCAUCAUCGAUCGCGCUCCAAGAAGGGCGGAGCUGCUGGAGCUGGAGGGAGAGACCUGAGCACCCUGCAGGCUGCUAUGAUGGCGUCUGAAAGCAAAGUUGCUGAUUGGCUGGCGCAAAAUGACCCCACUCUGGUUCGCAGCGAGUCCACGGAGGAGGACAGCAAGAGCAUCAAGAGUGACGUGCCAGUGUAUCUCAAGAGGCUGAAAGGCAGCAAACAUGAGGAUGGUACCCAGAGUGACUCAGAGAAUGGACUUGGCCUGCGUUUCGCCAACCGCCGCCACGCCCUGGAAGAGCGACUGAAAGCAGCACAUGGUCACAGAGGAGAAGGCAUAGAAGCAGGCAGUAUAUCAGCCACCAGCUCUCGGCCAUCCGCCACCCGCACCGCCUUCACCAUUGAGUUCUAUGACGAGGAAAACCCUCGAAAGCGCCGCUCGUACUCCUUUUCCCAGGCAGGCCCACUUCUGGCUGGUGGAGCUGGUGGGGAGGGAUUGUGUCCGCAGCCCCCAUCACACCCCAAAGUCUUCAGCAUCUCCACCUCUGCUACUACAGCAUCAGAGUCAGGCAAAGUUCCAGCUCCGAUAUCUGCCACUGUGGCUGCUGGUGCUCCCACAGCUGCGCGAGUGCUUCUAAAGCAGAGGUCCGAAGACCCCAGCAUCGGUCGGAGCUCCAUCAGUACUGGCUUAGCGACCGGUAGCCCCACCAGCCCCAGUGAGGACGCCUCAGCCACUGGGCGGGAGUUGGGGACGGCGGAGGCAGAUGCAGAGGACGACCAAAGUGACAAGGGGACCUACACAAUUGACCUUGAGGUCAGGAACCCAGAAGAGGAGGAGGCCAGGCGCAUGAUCGAUAAGGUGUUUGGAGUACAACCGAACCAGGACUCGUCUGUUCUGACUGACCGAGCUCGAGCAGGGAAGACGAAGGACAAGGACGAAGGUGGAGAAGAGGGUCAUCCUGGUGACUCGAACUGGGUCUCUCAGUGGGCGAGUCAGGCUGCCAGUCACACCAGGACAGAUCCAGAAGGCUCCGGAGCAGAGACAGCUGCCUUCCUACACAAAGAGAGAGUAGAUGUAUUGGAGUCCGGUGUGUCCCUCAGCAGAGGUGAAUCCUUGACUAGUCUGACUGACCGCAAACGUAGGACACUGCCGCAGCUCCCCGUGGACGACUCCCGCUCCAAAUCCGGCCCCAAACCUCUGCGCUCUGAGAUCGGAGAAAAGCAGGACACUGAACCCCAGGAAAAAGAGAACAAGGGUGACGGAGAGUCCCCGAACCGAACUCAAGACAGCGAGAUGACCAGCACUCGAAAGCAAAGCUUCUCCUCUCCUUCUAAAACACCACUUCGGAGCAGUGAGAGGAGGAAGAGGUCUGAGGAAAGAAAAGAGACAGGUGAAGGAGGUGAGAAGUCUGGGAGGGCUCUGGUACGACAGGGCAGCUUUACUAUUGAGAAGCCCAGUGCUAAUGUCCCUGCGGAGCUCAUCCCCCGCAUCAAUAGAGGCAGCACACGUGAACGGAGUGACUCUGUGGGGAGCAUGGACACUGCAACACUCCUGAAGGACACUGAGGCAGUCAUGGCAUUCUUGGAGGCCAAGCUGAGAGAUGAAAACAAGCUGGAGCAGAAAAGCAGCAAAAGUGGCCUCAACAGUCAGAGUUCUGCGUACAUUCUUCCCCCCCGGACGGACUCCAUCUCUCCUGAGUCCGACGUGGACACGGCCAGCACGGCCAGUCACGUGGCAGGAGAUGCAGAGCGAAAGGCGGCUGCUGGUGGGAUCCAGAAACGGCGUUCCCUCAGCAGCAUGCAUCGGGAGAAGAGCAAUAUGAGCACGGCUUCAAAGACCAGUGUCACUAGUACCAGCGCACGUGAACGCCUGGAGAAGAAGACCAAAACCAAAACCAUGGAGCCACUGGGCCGGACUGAUGCACGCCGUUCUGUGCAGCCAUUGCCAGCCUCAAGAGCGCGUCAGCCUUCCCUUGACCUCACAGAUGACGACCAGACUUCUUUCCCCAUUUCUGACAUCCUCUCGUCAGACCAGGAGACUUACUCUGGACCAGGAGUGUCUUUAGGACCCACUUCAAACGGGCGGCACACAGAUGAUCUGGUUUAUGGAAGGCACGACAGCAGGGUUACAAAGACAUCCACCAGCGCUUCCUCCAAAACCAGCCGCACCCUCCAGGCCGCCACCACCUCUUCCCUGAACAAGCAGUCCCCGCUGCCUCAACCACGACCCACCAGAGCCUCACUUUUGCGCCGAGCCCGAUUAGGGGAGACCUCUGACACUGACCUUGCCGAUGCAGACAGAGUCUCUGUUGCCUCUGAGGUGUCCACCACCAGCUCCACAUCCAAACCACCGUCAGGGCGGAAGGGUCUGUCUCGCCUUGACAUGCUGGCACAGCCUCGCAGAACCCGCGUCGGCUCCAUCUCCGCACGCAGCGACUCGGAGUGCACGGUCACCCGGAGCUCCACGGCGUCGUCCAGGAUAUCGGCAGAGACUGCGCUACGGCUGGGCCUGCGGUCGUCCACGCCCACGGACAACAGGCUGACUCCCAGGAUGAGGGCCAGCAGUGUUUCCAAGCUGAACGAGACCAAAACAAAGACCACUUCAGCUGGAUACUGCUCACCCACAGAGAGCCCCCGACUCGAUCCUGGGGCCGAUGCAGAGGAGGAGAUUUUGGUGUCCAGCAGCAGUAGGUGGCGCCGUGUUCCCCCGGAGUACGGCUCUACCUCAGAAGAAGAGUUCAGCUCCAACCGAAACUCUCCGAAGCAAGGCACACGUUCUCACGUACGGCCUCAUCACCUGGUCCCACACCGUGGCUCCAGACCAGGAACCGGUGCGAGUCCUGGCUCUGCCUUGGUGACCGCUCCGGGUGGAGUUGGAAUGAAAAACCGCAUGAAGGAGCAAGACGAGUACAUCAGAGACUGGACGGCUCACAGCGAGGAGAUAGCUAGGUUAUUCCCCUGUGUGCGCAGGAUCAGCCAGGACUUGGCUAAGGACCUGGCCAUCUUGGCGCGGGAGAUCCACGACGUCGCUGGUGAGAUCGACUCGGUCAGCUCAUCGGGGGGCGCUCCCAGUACGACAGUCAGCACCGCCGCCACCACCCCGGGAUCAGCCAUCGACACGCGUGAAGAGGUAGGACCUGCACUGCCCACCCAGCCGGAGAUACAGCAGAGCAUGAAAAAGCUGGUGGACCGUGUGUUCGAUGAGAGCAUCAACUUCAGGAAGGUUCCUCCUGUGAUUUCAACCAACAAACCACCAGAGAUCAACGGCAAGCCUGUGGAGCUGCGGCCUCACGCCCCCAGCACCUCGGAGUCUCGGGCUCUCAGGAGACGCACCUGGAACAGAGAAGAUGCAAUUCUGGACAGUCUCCUGCUCAACUCAGUGUCCCAGUUGUCCACCAAGAUCAGACACUCGGCUGACAAAACCGCUGGGAAGAUCAGAAUUUUAUUUAAAGAUAAAGAAAGAAACUGGGAUGAAAUUGAGAACAAGUUGAAACCAGAGACUGACAUCCCCCUCUUGAAAACCUCUAACAAGGAGAUCUCAUCAAUCUUGCUGGAAUUGAAGCGAGUGGAGAAGCAGCUUCAAGUGAUCAAUGUGAUGGUGGACCCUGACGGGACCCUCGAUGCAUUGGCCAGUCUUGGCCUGACAAGCCCCACCACUCCCACAAGACCUGACAGCACCAUGCUGAUGUCAUCCACCACCAGCCAGGUCUCUAAGCAACCAUCUAAAGAGGUUCUUCCUGAGAUCAUCUCUGCACCGGCAGCAUCUUCAACCACCUCCAGGGGUCAGUCUUCGACCUCCGGCGUGCUCGACACUACACGGGACAUGGGCGUGGGUCUUGGUCUGCCAGGAGUCGGCGGGUUCACAUUUAAUCGCAUGCGGCCGAGUGGCGAGGAAGCCAUCGCACAGAAAUAGCGGCGCUGACUGAUCUGCUUUAAAACCACUCCAGAACAAUGAGUAAGGGCAUGACGCUCUUCAGCCGAUCCUUACUCUGACUGUCAUCCCCUCACAUGGAAAUCGACCCAUGAAUGAUACUGAGACUUCUGCGUUUCAACUUUGGUUUCUGGACAGUCUGGAUCCGUGUACAGUCUUCUCCAUGUGUCUGGACCCACCAAGGACAUUUAAGGCCUUAAAAACGUGGCUGUCGAACAAAUCCCCACGCUCUUCUAGAUUUACCAAGAAACGGAAUGAAGGACCGCACCAAGAACUUGACUGCAAUAAGUCCUUUGCAAUUGUUCUAAGUACUUUCAGCCUUAAAUACGCAACGAUUCAGACGCAGCUAUUUGAAAGACACCAGAAUUGCAGUUACACUCUAUCCAUGACUUGAACUCUCCGUCCAUUCAGCCAAUCUUCCGUGCCUCAUGUCAUGUUUCCCCUGUGUUUGUCGCUUCAGUAGCCUGUACAGAACUGUGUUUUUAAUUCCUAAUUUUCUAGCAGUUAACCCCUCAGACGCUUCAAAGUACUUACCAAAGUUUAUUAACAGUAGUGCGUCUGUUGAUGAAUUUAACUGGAACUCUUCUUCUCCCUCUGCUGUUUUGUUCUCCACUCAUAUUGAUUUUCUUCUUCACAUUUAGUUGUGAGUGCUUGGUGUCACUACUUUUUGUCCUCAGCUCAUAUGGAUGGAUGCCAAACUCAAUUGUUUUUUCUUAAGUCAAAACAUAUUUAUCUGCAUUUACUCCACUUCUUCCUGUCUUUCAUCUCCUGCUACUCUGGAGUGCACCAGCUUCAUCUGUCUGCUCCAGGUUCAGGUCUCCCAUAGUCGCCACGCUAAGAAAAACGAUUGUAUCUACAGUAGUGAUGAGCUCUGCCAUCCACUCGACACUUGGUGCAGAGCUGGUGCUUUUUGACUGGAGGGCAGACAGGGUUACUUUGUGAUCAGGCUAGUGACAGUAGUAGUGAUGAUGAAGCUAAGCAAAGAUUUAAUUGGCCUUACCAUUGUUAUAGUUCUGCUGCUUAAUCCACACAAGUGUCCUGUGAGUUUUAUAGUCACUGGCGACAACAGCACCGUGGAGGAUUCUCCAUCUUCACUUUUCAAUUUUAUGGUUUAAAAGAACACAGCCUGGGAUUCGUCUCUGGUCAGUGUUUGGGUUCCAACCUGCUUGACAGACGUUGUUGCCUAACGUUGUGUUUAUAAUCUGUAAUCUACCACGGCAUAAUGCAGUCGCUUGAGGAGAUUAGUGAAGUAACUGAAGCUCUGGAUGUUAAUGGAUCAGGCCUUUCUCCUGACUUUUGGUGAAGUUGUUUGAAAACUGGUGAAGUGCCAGUUAAUGUAUGCAAAGCUAACUUGAACCUUCAUUUCUGUGCAUAUUGGAAAAAAGUCAUAACUUUUAAGAUGCUAUUUAUCUUCAGAAAAAAAGAAACAUUUCAUCCUCAAGUGACAGCAACAUGCUUCCACAUUCAGCGUCCCAGGUUUAUUCAGUCUAUUCCCACUGUAGCAGGUUGUUGUCUCCGCUGAAGGGUUUUCAAUGACAAUGCUGCUUAUCUAGAGAGAAACUAAUUCAGUUUCUCUCCAGUUUGUCUUCAUGGUUCUGCCCAGACUGUGUGAUAGUCAAUAUAUCCCUUUCUCUCUGUUCCGUAAUAUUAAACUUCUUUAAAAGAGCCAAUAUGGAAGGAUUAAUGAAGAUGUAGCCAAUCGAAGUUUUAUUUUGCACUUUUUAAAAAAAAUACUAAUCCAGAAAAAUGUGCAAAUGAUGGAAAUGACGUCCAUCUCUUGACUUCUGUUUGUACAGACUGAAGUUCCAAAUGUGGUCAUGUUUUUAAGUCCCCCUUUGUAACCUCACCUGUGAAACCUUGGUACAUUUUUAUCUUUUAAUUUUGUGUUAUCAGACCAGUGUUUUGUCAUUAAUUGUAAAAAAAAAAGUCAUUUUAUUUAUUUUAUGUUGGAUAUUUUGUGGAGGUUUUAUGUAUUUUGUAUUUGUUCAACUUUUGUUACUGUUAAUAAAACAGAGCCAUUGA